AUGUCAAGCCCAUUUUCUCGCCGGCCCGUACCAGACUAUUUGAUAUCUUCUCCUUUAGUUGCUCUUCUCUAUCCCCUCCACCAACUACUCCUCCAUCUUCGAGGUUCUCCGCGCCGCCCGCCUCCAGAUGCCCAUCCUAUCCGCGUAGUCUGUAUCUCUGACACACAUACACAAGAAUGGCCCGACGUACCGGAUGGCGAUCUGCUCAUCCAUGCCGGUGACUUAGCCAACGAUGGCUCGGUCCGCGAAAUCCAAGCCGCCGUAGACUGGCUCCGCAGUCUUCCACAUCCCCACAAGGUCGUGAUCGGUGGUAAUCACGACAGCUACUUCGAUUCGCGCUCACGCCUAGAAGAGGACCGUGACGACCACUCCACAAACGGGUUUGCGGCAGUCUCCUCUUCAACGGCAUCCAUCCGCUCACUCGAUGACUUCAACGGCGCAUCCUCCCGUAUCGACUGGGGUGAUAUCCACUACCUUCAGCAUUCAUCCGUCACACUCGAGUUUACUCCCCCACAAGCUGACAAUUUCGACGACUCCCUCUCUUCGUCAUCAGCUUCCCUACUUAGCACCCAUCCCCGUCAUCUUACCGUCUACGGCGCUCCCCAAAUCCCAGCUAUUGUUCCAUUCGGCCCCGAACACGCUUUCACUUACCCUCCUCACCACGAUGCCUGGUCGCGCACCGUUCCCCCUGACACAGACAUCCUAGUCACGCACACCCCGCCCCAGGCUCAUCUGGACCUCUCACCUAUUUAUUCCAUUGGAUGCCCGAACCUCCUCGCGGAAUCAUGGCGCAUUAGACCUUUGCUCCAUGUCUUCGGUCAUGUCCAUUUCGCCGCGGGGAAGGAACCCAUCUUCUGGGAUGAGGCCCAGCGAGCCUGGGAACGACUCUGUGCUUCGCGUCGACCACGCGCACAGUACGGUCGAGUGCGUGCACUAGCGGGUUUUUGUCGAGAUCUUCUAGACCCAAGUGGGUGGGUGGAUGCGGCCAGAGUAGUCUUUUAUGGUGUUAUGGGCGUUAUUUGGGCGCAGGUAUGGGGUGGGGAGAGUAACGGAGGUGGUUGGUUUGUUAAUGCGGCGUGUAUGUAUCGCAACUCGGGGCGUCUGCGGAAUCCUCCACAAGUCAUUGAGCUGUGA